CUUUAAAUCGUAUACAUAUGUGAUUGAUAAUUUAAGAGCAAAAUACAUAAACUUAAAGAAAAAGACGUAAUUUGACUUAUACAUCCUGUUGAGCGUGCACAUUAAUUGUACAUGAACUUGUUCAGCAGAUAGCGCGUUAGUCAACGGUCAUACGUAUACAUUCGUAUAUGUUUACAAAAUUAGGAACUUUGGGAAAUACCAUCGCAACAUCUUGCACUGUUUUUUCACGAUAGAGGUAAAUUAUGUAAUGUAUACCGUUUUACAAAGAUACUUGCGAAUAAACAUCGUUACGGACGCAGUUAGAAGAUUUGCGGGACUAUCUAUGACCUUGAACUGUAUUUUUUCUUCAUGAAACUUAAGUCUAUAUUGUUCUGUGUGCGUGAUGUGUCAGAUAUUUGUAUCUUCUUAUUUUUGAAGCCCGUUUACCUUUAUCGUCGAUCAUUUAUGGAUAGGUUCGACUAUUUCGUUUGACAUCUGUCAAAUCGUUCGAAAUAUUUACAAUAAUUUGAUAAUUAAAUGAGAACUAUCAUCGUCGAUAAACGUCUUUUAUAUCUGUGGAGAUCCACAAGGUUAGUGCUGUUCUGUUGACGUGUAGUUCGUGCAGUGUAUUAUUUUUGUUACUGUCAUAUAGUGUCAUAUACGCAGUUCAGCUUUUUAAAUAUUCACUCUUCAUAAUUUGAUAUGUUUGCAAGAUAAAUGUUAAUAUUAUUACGAUAUCUCAAAUUAUACAGUAUAAUACUGUAUAAUAUAUAUUUAAUUCUACGGAUAUUACAUUGCUAAUAGUGAUUGCAACAAUGAGUUGUGUACGAUGUUGUUUGAUCAGUGCUGGACGUUUAGCAUCUUCCAAUCAUGUUACCACUCACUUUCACAAGAUUGUGAGAGUCGUUGCUAGUAGAUCACUUACAACAAGUACCAGUUUAGCUAAAGCUCCAACUGAAACUGUACCUCCUAAUAAAAGUAACGGUACUACGACAUCUGGAGGAGCAGGAUCAGGUGGUGAUAAUGGUAAAAAAGAUGCUCUUAUCUGUCCAAAAUGUGGAGAUCCUUGUACACAUGUUGAAACUUUUGUAUCAUCAACAAGAUUUGUGAAGUGCGAAAAAUGUCAUCACUUUUUUGUAGUACUGUCAGAAGUAGAUUCAAAAAGAAGUUUAAAAGAAGCAUUGAGACCUGAUAUGGACUCCAAACAUGGAUUUUAUAGAAAACCACCUCCACCUCCAAAAAAAAUUUUUGAAUAUUUGAAUAAGCAUGUUAUCGGACAAGAAUUUGCUAAGAAAGUACUCAGUGUUGCUGUAUAUAAUCAUUAUAAACGGAUAUACAACAACUUACCUGUGCAGACAAUUCAACCUAGUGCUGGUUCAGUUGCCUCACAAGACAUGAAUCAUCCAUUUACUCACAGAGGUCUUAAACCACAUUUGUUGCAUAUAUCUAGCGUCGGAAAUUCAUUAGGAGUUGGAUAUCAAAGUAUUUCUGGUAAUAAUGAUCAACAAAAAUCGAAUCAAUCUUCACUUGGAUCAGACAUUUUAGACAGUCAGCAACAUCAAUUAAAGCUAGAAAAAAGUAACAUUUUAUUGCUUGGACCAACUGGCUCUGGAAAAACUUUGUUAGCACAGACAAUAGCUCAAUGUUUGGAUGUACCUUUCGCGAUUUGUGAUUGUACCACGUUAACCCAAGCAGGAUAUGUUGGAGAAGAUAUAGAGAGUGUUAUAGCAAAACUUUUACAAGAUGCCAAUUAUAUCGUGGAGAGAGCGCAAAUGGGUAUUGUAUUUUUAGAUGAAGUUGAUAAAAUAGGUGCUGUUCCUGGUAUACAUCAAUUGCGAGAUGUUGGAGGUGAGGGUGUACAACAAGGAAUGUUAAAAAUGCUAGAGGGUACAAUUGUUAAUGUGCCUGAAAGAAAUAGCUCGAGAAAGCUUAGGGGUGAUACAUUACAAGUAGAUACAACAAACAUACUUUUCGUUGCAUCCGGUGCCUACAAUGGUUUAGAUAGACUUAUUUCACGACGCAAGACUGAAAAAUAUUUAGGCUUUGGUGCAGCACCUGCAUCUGAAAGUCCAGGUAGAAGAGCUGCCAGUCUCGCUGAUGUAGCUAAUAUGUCACCUUCUACAGAGACAGACAAUAAAGAGAAAGAUCUUUUAUUGCAACAAGUAGAAGCGCGAGAUUUAAUAGACUUUGGCAUGAUUCCAGAAUUUGUGGGAAGAUUUCCAGUACUUGUACCUUUCCACACUUUAAACAGAGAUAUGUUAGUUCAAAUUCUUACAGAACCAAAAAAUGCUAUGGUUCCUCAAUACCAGAUGUUAUUCUCUAUGGAUAAGGUGGAAUUGACAUUUACAACUGAUGCUUUGAGUGCUAUAGCAUCAUUAGCCAUGGAAAAGAAAACAGGUGCAAGAGGUUUACGAGCUAUAAUGGAAGCUCUACUUUUAGAACCUAUGUUUGAAGUACCAGGAAGUGACGUGAUGUCGGUCCAUAUAACAGAAGGAUGCGUACGUGGUCAAGAAAAGGCACAAUAUAUAAGAAGAGGUGAGGCAACAGAAGAGGAAUUGCAACAAGCACAACAUGUACAAAACUAGCAAAUAAUUAAAGAACAAGAGAAUAGUGUAUAGCUAUUUCGAUGCUUUAUUACUACUGUCUCUUGUAAAUAUUUAAAUAAUAUAAAUCGAAUAUAAAAAUUUAAAUGAAAUUUUAUGAAUCAGAUAGUCUCCAGAUUAUAAAAGAACACUAUGAUCGUUAGAUAGAAAAUAUAUAAUAUAAUCUUAACUGAAAGUGAUAUAUUUAACAAAAAAAAAAAAAAAUAAUUAAAAAAAUAGGUAUUUAUAUUUUAAGUAACUGUAAAAUAGUUUCACAAACAAAAAGAAUAAAUUGGUAGAAUAUUUUAUGUGAUGACUAUAAUUAGAGCUUACAUUAUAUUUGACUCGAAUAUCGAUUAAAUUUGUUUUAAAAUGCAAAUAAUAUACCAUACUAAAACAUAUAACAGAUGAUGAAGCAUUCCACAAUCAUUAAUGUAUAUAUGCAUUUUAUGAAAUAUCUUAAAUUCUGCCACAUUUAUUUAUUAUUUCUUACUCCAACUUAUACAUUCAUCGCCUGUUAUCAACCAAAUCUAAUUUUUAAUUUAAUUUAUGAUGAUAUUAUUUGUUUUCUUGAUAUUUAUAUAUCAAGAAAACAUUUAUAAAAUUUACUCAUAAGCAUACCAAAAAAGAUCAAUAAUAAGUUAUUACAUAUUUGUUUAUUCACCAAUGUUCUUUUUGCAAAAUUUAGGAACAAAAAAACUAUUGUAUUCAAAAAUUAAUUAACAUAACAAAAAAAAAGAAGUUAAUGCUACUUAAAUGCUAAUUUUACAAAAGAAAGAACAAAAUUUCUAUAAAUAAAAUAUAUAAAAAUUUAAAGUAUCUGUAGUUUUGUUCAAGAAGUAAAUAUCUACAGUGAUAUAUAAGAAAAUAGAAAUUCAUUGUAAUAUAUUGUAUAUAGAAAUAGGUAAAAUUAGUGAAUUAUGAAAAUUUUAUGGUUGAAAAUUUACUAAUAUUGAUAUCAGUAGUUUUUUUUGUGAUUAAUUAUUAUCAUAAAUAAUAAGUAAAACAAACACAAAAUAUUAAUAAUCUAUCUAUUCUAUUAGUUGUAAUUUAGUUUUGUAUUCCUAUGACAAUCUAGAAAAACUGCUUUCUAGAGUCAUUAUCUUAUUUUUUUGAAAUUAUUGUUUAUAUUUCUAACAAUAUUCAAGAUUAUACCCACAUGUAUGUGUGAAAUUAUAUUAAUUAUCCAUAUAUAAUAUAAAAUCAGAAUGGGCUGUGUACAAUAUAAACAUUUAAAAAAUGUAAAAAAAGUACCUAUAAACGCAAUAUAAAAUUUUAUA